AUGUUUCUAAGGCCUGUACAAGGUCGGCUUCCGACGGUGGCUCGCUGUGUGGCUCGUCGUGUCCCUCGAACACUCCGGUCACGUCCACUCUCCAGCUCAACUAGAUACCCGACACUAUCACAAUUCAACCGCUCCGAGUUCACAAGCCAACCAUUUUCCGGCGGCUAUGAGACCGGGCUUCCAACUACUGGGCCCCUGGGAUCGACACCAGCCUUUGGAGCCCCGCGCGUCACACCAAAGGUUCUGAAGCAGUACCUCGAUCAGUACGUUGUGGGGCAGGAUCGCGCAAAGAAGAUACUCAGUGUUGCUGUAUACAACCAUUAUCAGCGAGUGCAGGAGGUCGUGCGGCGGGAUGAAGAGCAAGCUGAAGCUGCGGCUAAACGUCAGCGCAGGGAAGCGCUCGAAAGUCAUCCCUUAGACGAUGAUUUCCCGUUCCCCCAGAAGAGUGCCGGGACGACUCAAUCAAACAAACCCCGCCAAAGCUCCACCCCCUUGGAGCAGCCAGAACUCACCGAUACGUCACCGCUACAACUCGAGAAGUCAAAUGUUUUGCUAUUGGGCCCGUCUGGCGUAGGAAAAACAUUGAUGGCAAAGACACUUGCUCGGGUCCUUUCCGUUCCCUUUAGUAUUUCCGACUGCACUGUGUUUACACAGGCUGGUUACAUUGGAGAGGAUGCCGAGCAGUGUGUUCACCGACUUCUGGCAGCUGCAGACUACAACGUGGAGCAGGCAGAGCGGGGAAUCAUCGUUCUUGAUGAAGUAGACAAGCUUGCAGCAGCCAAAGUCAGUCACGGCAAGGACGUCGGAGGUGAGGGAGUCCAGCAGGCUCUUCUGAAGAUCAUAGAAGGCACGACCGUGCAGGUCCAAGCAAAGCCAGAGAAGAACCCUCGGGCUACCAGCCCCCCAAACAGCUUCCCGUCCAACAGCCCGUUGGGCAACGGUCCAUUCCAGCCAAACAACCCCAACCCAGCCGCCAAAGGCGAGAUAUACAACGUGCGAACGGAUAACAUUCUCUUCGUCUUCUCCGGUGCCUUCGUCGGACUCCACAAAGCAAUCAUGGACCGGAUAUCCCGUGGAUCCAUAGGAUUCGGUCAACCUGUCCGAACACCCUCAAACACAAGCGAGUUCCCUGGUUCAGCAAACGUUUCUCCGAGCCAACCUCUUCCGAUCCUCCCCGGGUCCGAAGAAGAAGCCUUAUAUAAGAAACACCUACCCUUCUUCACUUCCGCAUCGCCAGCUGGUUCUGGCGCCGAACCAACCUACUUUAACGCCCUCGACCUCAUAACACCCUCUGAUCUUCAAAGCUACGGCUUUAUUCCUGAACUGAUCGGCCGAAUUCCCGUCACAGCAGCCCUUUCUACUCUUUCCCAGCCUUUGCUCAUGCGCAUCUUGACCGAGCCCCGCAACUCUCUACUCGCUCAAUAUACAACACUGUUCUCAUUGUCAGGUAUCGAGCUUCGAUUCACGACUCCAGCACUUCAGAAGGUUGCCGGGAGCGCCUUCACCAUGGGCACCGGUGCAAGAGCCCUGCGUACAGAGAUGGAGACCAUUCUCAGUGAUGCCAUGUUUGAAGCCCCGGGAUCUAGUGUGAAAUUCGUUCUUGUCACCGAGGCUGUUGCAGAGCGGAAGGAGAAGCCUGUUUAUCUUGCCCGUGGCCAGGGUGGUCGUUUCCAUGCGAUGAUUUCCGCCGAGGAAAGUGUGUGGGAGGAGAAGACGAAAAAGGAUCACGACAAGAAGAAGACCCCGGUCGAGGACAAGGACUCUAACCAAAGCAAUACUCAAGAGUCCAAGUCUCAAGCAGUGGGGUAA